GCAUACUUCCUGCAGAGGGACACACAAACAACAUUAAACAAACCCUCACGGAGAUUGAAAUCAUCGUUUCAUCGUUCCACUUACAGACACAUACACAAAAGCACAACCAUUAUGUCGAUGUCAGCGGCGCAGGCGAGGACAACUCUUAAAGAGGUAAUGCAAUACGCUGAGGAAGGCAUCCACUACGAUGACGACGGGGAGCUUGAACUACUAACGGAGAGAGUGCCCAGCUACUUCGAAGUCAGAGUGAACAUUCGUGCAAGCAUCGCUGCGAACGGAGAGGAGUCGCUCAGAGCACGGAUGCUAUUGGCACGGUUCACAGAGGCGCGUGAUUUGCGUGUAGAUGACAGUGCUGAUACCGGUGCAUACAGCUUGAGAAAAGUGGCUGGUUGGAUGUGCACAGAAGGGAUGUCUGCUGAAGGGGACGUGGAUAUGACAAAGCAGCAGCAGGGCGGAACAUACACGGGAGCUGAUUUCAAGAAGAUGCUCAUGACACAGACGAGGAAAUGGGGAAUGCUUGUUGAAGAUUCUAACGACGAGCUGAAGAGCGGUGCAGCAGAAAUUAUGUUGCUGUCGCGUUUGAAGGACAUACCGCAAGCUCCUCCGCAAGACUUCCAAGAUCUUCCAGUCAUUAUUGCAAACGGGGUGGAGUAUGUUUUACUCGACCAGCUGGUGGAUUGCAUGCAAAAGAGUCCUCAGGAUCGGAAUGUCAUACAUGAGGCAUUGCAUGAUUUGACAGAGCAAGCACUGGCAGGCAAGGACCUUGUUAACUACAAGAUGCGGAUUGUGAAAGAGAAUGUCAUAUGUGGAACUCCAUUAUGGGAUGGAAUGUUUAUGGAAGCUUUGGAUCGCCUCACCAUCGCGACUUCUGACGUGGACAGAAAGAGGGAGGAGGUUGAAGAAGAAGAUGUGUUCAAUGAGUGGACAAUGAUAGAACAACAAUGGAGACGAGGGUUCGAAGACUCUUCUUUACCAAUCGAUUUUGACUAUGACAUUGAAGAAACAACAGUGACGAACAAUGAAAAAGAUGCGAAGCCGCCAACAUAUGAGGUGGAAGUGAGUGGCAGCGAUGUGAGCAGCGACGAGGAGGGUGAGGAGUAUGAUGCGUACUGGAAAAUUAAAGUAGGAGGAGGGCAAGCAUCUAAAGGGUGGGCACAUGCGAUUCUCAGGUUGACACGUGUUUUCCGUAAUCCCCAUUUACUGUUGCGUGUCGUGCUGAAGGAGGCAAUACCUGACGGCGCACUCCAGUAUGCAGCACUGACGACCAUUAUGAGAUCAUGCUCGAAUGGAAAAAGAUGGUCACGAGACAAUCGGUCGACGGGUAUGGCUGCAGAGGCUGGAAAGAGACCCAAGAGGGUGGACGAGGAACACUUGUUCCCGUUCACGUGGAAAUCAAGAAGACACGCCAUAUCGAUAACAAAACGGGACGUAUUGCGAUUGGGUGUCAAGCAGUGGCUGAACGAUAACGUGAUCGAUAUGUACUUACAGUCCGUCUAUGACGAACAUUUUCCAGACGGAGACAAUAUGACACUUCAUGUUUGCACAUCUUUCUGGCACCUCGCAGUCAUCGCCAAUCAGAAGGUUUAUGUCGCGAAAGCGGGAUGGCAGAGGCGGAUCAAGAGUAUAUCGUCAAAGCUGCGUCGAAUAAGCAAUGAACUGUGAACAACAAGUAUUGUUCUCAUCCCUGUGAAUCACGAAAACCAUUGAAAAUUGCUCUUGAUACUGAAUGU